AAUGAUAGCAAAUAUGGACAAUAGAAGAAUAUUAUUAACAAUAUUCACAACAAUUAUUCUAACAUCAACAAUAAAUUGUGAAUUAUAUACAGCCAUUGUAGAUUUAGAAGAAUUAUUAGAUAGUGAAUCAAUAUUAAUAACAACACUAGAUGAUUAUAUCAAUAAUGUUGAAAGUAAAUUAAAACAUUUACGAUUAUACCAACAAAAAUAUUACAAUGAACAUUUAAUUGCUAAACAAAAUAUCCAAGAAUAUUUAUCAAAUCCAAUCAAUGCAUAUUUAUUAGUGAAACGUUUAACGACGGAUUGGAAACAUGUGGAAUAUUUAAUUGAGGAUUUAUCAAAUGUUAAAGAUGAUUAUCCACUUAUUUUGAAUAACUCAAAGAGUGAUAAUAAUGAAGAAGAAGAGAAGAAUGGUGGACUAAAAUUACCAAAUGAUGAAGAUUUAAAUGGUGCUGCUGUUGCAUUGAUACGUUUACAAGAUACGUAUCGUUUAGAUACAAAUGCAAUUGCAAAUGGAAUAUUAAAUGGUAUACAAUUUCCGACUGAAUUGUCGGUUGAUGAUUGUUUUGAAUUAGGCCGACAAUUGUAUAAUAAUGGUGACUUCUAUCAUACAAUAUUAUGGAUGUAUGAAACAAAAAAGCGUUUUCAUUUAUACGAACAAGAACAACAGAAACAACAACAAUUAGAACAACAAUCAAAUCAAAUAAAUCGUAAAAAUAUUACAACAAACGAUAUAAAUGAUAUUUGUACUAAAGAUCUGGCAUGUACGUCAAAACAAACAAAUACAAAAUCACCAUUAAUUAUGACAACGAAAUAUGUAGAUAUAUUAGAAUAUUUAGCAUUUAGUAUAUAUAUGGAAGGUAAUUUACAAAUUGCAAUUGAUUUAACAAAAGAGUUAUUACAAUUAGCACCAGAUCAUUCACGUGCUAAGGGCAAUUUAGUCUUUUAUGAGAAUAAAAUUAAAGAAUUGGAAAAAGAACAUGAUAAUAAAAUUAAAUCUGAUCAUCAACAACGGAAACGAGGUGAAGAUGAGAAUUCUAUUGAAGAUAAUCAUAAACGUACCACACUUGAUAUUUAUUUGAAUGAAGAGCCAAUAACAAUACGUGAAAAACGAAGACCCGAUUACGAUGCGUUACCAGAACGUGAAUUAUAUGAAAUGUUAUGUCGCAAUGAAAUAAAACCACCACAAAAAGUAUUAUCAAAAUUAAGAUGUCGUUACCGUAAAAAACGCCAUCCAUUCACAUGGAUUGCACCAUUUAAAGAGGAAGAAAUGUCAUUAGAGCCAUUGAUUGUUGUAUAUCAUGAUGUGUUAUAUGACGAUGAGAUAAACACAAUUAAACAAUUGGCUCAACCACGUUUUCGACGUGCCACGGUACAAAAUCAUAAAACUGGUGAAUUAGAAACAGCACAAUAUCGUAUUAGUAAAUCAGCAUGGCUUAAAAAUGAUGAGCAUGAACAUGUCCAAACUGUUGUACAACGUGUGGAAGAUAUCACUGAACUGACACAAACGACUGCUGAAGAAUUACAAGUUGUUAACUAUGGAAUUGGUGGACACUAUGAACCACAUUUUGAUUUUGCAAGGAAAGAUGAAGGAAAUGCAUUUAAAAGUUUGGGUACCGGAAACAGAAUUGCUACUAUAUUAUUUUAUAUGAGUGACGUAUUGCAAGGGGGAGCGACAGUGUUCCCGUCAAUAAAAACAGCAUUAUGGCCACAGAAAGGAUCGGCAGCAUUUUGGUAUAAUUUACAUCCAUCUGGUGAAGGUGAUUAUUUAACAAGACAUGCAGCGUGCCCCGUUCUAUCCGGAUCCAAAUGGGUGGCAAAUAAAUGGAUACACGAACGUGGGCAAGAAUUUUUACGACCGUGCCGUUUAGAACCAGAUCCUAUUGAACCUGAUAUGCGAUUAGUUAAUAAAUAAUAUUGAAAUUUCAAGAUAUAUUUUAUUUUAUUAAUAAUUGUAAAUAAAACUACCAAAUAUUAUUUAGUUAUAAGAACGUAAUUAAUAAUAGCGACUUUGAUUAAUUAGUUAUAUGUAAGUU